AAUUUUAGAUAUAUGUGGAUGCACUUGCUAUCUAUAUCUUUCAAAUGACCUGCACUGGCAUGUAUGUGCUUCCCCCACCCUCUCUAUCAUGCCAGACUGCUGAGAGGGAGUGAGAGAGACUUGGCAGUUGUCAUUCAUUAUUUCUUCUUUAACGCAAGCGUAUGGAGCUGAAAAUUCCUUGCUAAGACCAUGAAUCCAGAGACCAGGAGAAUCCAGAGAACUGCACUUUUAAGUCAGGCCUAGCAAAGUCAGACUGGAAGCUGCUGUAGUUCCAUUUAUGAAUGACACACACAAAGGGCCUUUUUCAUGCUAACUAAAGCAAGAACAGCAGCAAAUCGUCCAGAACAUGACAUCAACCACUGAUUUUGAUCAUUUGGAGAUUCAGCAGCAGUACAGCCGGAUCAACGCUCGCUGGGAUGCCUCUGAUGAUGAGCUGGACAAUGACAACAGUUCUGCCAGGCUGUUUGAGAGAUCCCGGAUCAAAGCUCUGGCAGAUGAGCGGGAAGCCGUGCAGAAGAAAACCUUCACCAAAUGGGUGAACUCUCACCUGGCACGUGUGACCUGUCGCAUUUCUGAUCUCUACAUGGACCUCCGAGAUGGACGAAUGCUCAUCAAACUGCUAGAGGUGCUUUCAGGAGAGCUGCUGCCUAAACCCACCAAGGGGCGCAUGCGAAUUCACUGUCUGGAGAAUGUGGACAAGGCUCUGCAAUUCCUCAAGGAGCAGCGUGUACAUCUGGAGAACAUGGGGUCUCAUGACAUUGUUGAUGGCAAUCACCGAUUGGUGCUGGGUCUCAUCUGGACUAUCAUCCUGCGCUUCCAGAUCCAGGACAUCAUUGUUCAGACUCAAGAAGGCCGGGAGACUCGUUCUGCAAAGGAUGCAUUGUUACUCUGGUGUCAGAUGAAAACUGCAGGCUACCCCCAUGUGAAUGUCACCAAUUUCACCUCCAGCUGGAAGGAUGGUUUGGCUUUCAAUGCCCUUAUUCAUAAGCACAGGCCUGACUUGAUUGACUUUGAGAAACUGAAGCACUCAAAUGCUAGGCACAACUUGGAGCAUGCUUUCAGUGUGGCAGAGCGGCAGCUUGGCAUCACCCAACUCCUUGACCCAGAAGAUGUCUUCACGGAAAAUCCAGAUGAGAAAUCCAUCAUCACUUAUGUAGUUGCUUUCUACCACUACUUCUCCAAGAUGAAGGUGCUUGCUGUGGAAGGAAAAAGGGUUGGGAAGGUAAUGGACCAUGCAAUGGAGACUGAGAAGAUGAUCGAUAAGUACAGUGGGUUGGCUUCAGACCUGCUGAUGUGGAUAGAACAGACCAUUACCAUUCUCAAUAGCCGCAAGUUUGCUAAUUCUCUGGCAGGCGUGCAGCAGCAGCUCCAGUCCUUCAGUACAUACCGCACAGUGGAAAAACCACCCAAGUUUCAGGAGAAAGGAAAUCUGGAAGUUCUGUUAUUCACCAUUCAGUCAAGACUGCGAGCCAACAAUCAAAAAGUGUAUACGCCUAAUGAAGGAAAACUAGUAUCUGACAUCAACAGGGCCUGGGAGAAACUGGAGAAGGCAGAGCAUGAACGGGAGCUGGCAUUGAGAAAUGAACUUAUUAGGCAGGAAAAACUGGAGCAGCUUGCCCGACGUUUUGAUCGCAAGGCAGCAAUGCGGGAGACAUGGCUGAGUGAAAAUCAGCGCCUUGUUGCACAGGAUAACUUUGGAAAUGACUUACCAGCUGUGGAGGCAGCAAAAAAGAAACAUGAAGCCAUUGAAACUGACACAGCUGCCUACAUGGAACGUGUCCAGGCCAUAGAAGAGGUGGCGAAGGAGCUAGAGCUGGAGAAUUACCAUGACAUCAAACGCAUCAAUGCUCGCAAAGACAACAUUCUGAGGCUAUGGGAGUUCCUACAAGAACUGCUGCAGGCCCGGCGUCAGAGGCUGGAGAUGAAUCUUACACUGCAGCAGCUGUUCCAAGACAUGCUGCACAGUAUUGACUGGAUAGAUGAGAUGAAAGUAAAACUUUUGUCUCCUGAAUCUGGAAAGCACCUGUUGGAAGUAGAAGAUCUGCUUCAGAAGCAUAAAUUGAUGGAGGCUGACAUGGCUAUUCAGGCUGAGAAGGUCCGUGCUGUUAGUGCAGCUGCGCUUAAAUUUGCCAAUGGAGAUGGUUACCGGCCUUGUGACCCAAAGAUGAUACGAGAUAGAGUAAACCACCUGGGGAUGUGCCAUCAAGAGCUAGUGGCUUUGGCUGCUGAGAGGAAAGCUCGUCUAGAACAGUCCAAGCGCCUUUGGAAGUUCUUUUGGGAACUAGAUGAAGCUGAAAGCUGGAUCAAAGAGAAAGAACAUAUCUAUUCUUCCUUAGAUUAUGGGAAAGAUCUGACCAGCAUUCUUAUCCUGCAGAGGAAGCACAAGGCUUUUGAGGAUGAACUGCGUGGCCUGGGAACCCACCUGCAGCAGACUAUCAAAGAGGGGGAAACCAUGAUUGCUCAAAAGCAUUUUGGAGCACCCAAAAUCCAUACUAGAAUUGAGGAAGUGAAAGCCCUGUGGGCUCAGCUUCAGGAGCUUGCAGCUUUCCGCAAGAAAAACCUGCAGGAUGCUGAAAGCUUCUUCCAGUUCCAGGUAGAUGCAGAUGAUUUAAUGGCUUGGUUACAGGAUGCCCAUCGUCUGGUGUCCAGUGAAGAUGCGGGGCAUGAUGAAUAUUCCACUCUAGCCCUGGUUAAAAAGCACAGGGACCUUUUAGAUGAAGUGGCAGACAACAAGAGAAUCAUGGACAAUCUGAACAAGCAAGCCCAGAGCUUCCCCACUGAGUUCCGGGACGUCCCAGGAUUUGAGAAUCGACUGAAGGCUAUUCAGGCAGCAUAUAAUGAGGUUGUAUCUCUAGCAGAUUUGCGCAGACAAAAACUACAGGAUGCCCUGGAUCUUUAUACAGUUUUCAGUGAGACUGAUGCAUGUGAACUUUGGAUGAAUGAGAAAGAGAAGUGGCUUGAACAAAUGGAAAUUCCUGAUACCCUGGAGGAUCUGGAUGUUGUGCAGCACAGGUUUGAUAUUUUGGAGCAGGAAAUGAACAAUCUGGCUUCUCAGAUUGAAGGGGUCAAUCGAGCAGCCAUUGGUUUAAUAGAGAGCGGCCAUCCUCGCAGUGGGAAAGUGAGGCAAUGCCAGGAACAUCUGAAUGCCAGGUGGAGGAUCUUCCAGGAGAUGGUAGCUCAGAGGCGGAAAGCUGUGGACUUUGCCCUUAGCCUCCACAAUUAUUGUGUGGAUUGUGAAGAAACAAGGAAAUGGAUCCUAGAAAAAACUAAAGUUAUUGAAUCCACACAGGACCUUGGUAAAAACCUGGCAGGCAUGAUUGCCAUGCAGAGAAAGUUGUAUGGCAUUGAACGUGACCUAGCAGCCAUUCAGGCCCGCCUUGCAGCUCUACAGCAGGAAGCACACCGACUUGCUGAAGAACAGCCUGACUUAGCUGAUGAUGUCUACAAUCGAUUGACUGCUGUCACUGGAGUCUGGCUGGACCUGCAGAACACAUUGCAGAGUCAAGAGGCCUCCCUUGGAGAGGCCAGCAAGUUGCACAAGUUUUUGCAGGACUUAGAUGACUUCCAGGCAUGGCUGUUCAAAGCACAAAAAGCUGUUGCUUCAGAAGAGGUGCCCAAUUCCUUAGCAGAAGCUGAGCACCUCCUGCAGCAGCAUGCUGCUGUUAAGGAAGAGAUUGAUCAACACAGGGAUGAUUACCGCAGUGUCAAAGAGAUAGGAGCCAGAGUGACUCAAGGUCAAACAGAUGUGGAAUAUCAGCAGCUGGAGCAACGGCUCCAGGGCAUGGAUACAGGAUGGAAUGCCUUAUGUAAAAUGUGGGAUAGCAGGGAGAAAUUCCUCAACCAAUGUCUUGGUUUUCAGGAAUUUCUUAAAGAUGCAAAGCAAGCAGAAAUUAUCCUUACCAAUCAGGAAUAUACUGUGGCUCACAUCGAGCCCCCAGAUACCUUGGAAGCAUCAGAAGCUGCCAUCCGAAAAUAUGAAGAUUUUCUUGCUACAAUGGAAGCAAAUGAAGACAAAAUUACUGGGUUUGUCAGCAGUGGAAACAAGCUUGUAACUGAAGGAAAUAUUUACUCUGAUAAAAUUAAAGAAAAAGUCCAUCUGAUACAAGAGAGAUACAAAGCAAAUGUCACAAAAUCUCAAGAGGCAUUUAUUUUGCUGAAGGACAAUCAUGGCCUACGAAAUUUCUUGAGGAAUUGCCAGGAGCUUACUGUUUGGAUUGAAGAAAAAAUGCUAACUGCUCAAGACAUAUCCUAUGAUGAAGCACGGAAUUUGCACAGCAAAUGGCUGAAGCACCAGGCUUUCAUGGCAGAACUUGCCUCUAACCAGGCAUGGCUAGAUAAAGUAGAUGAGGAAGGGCAGCAGCUGGCAGAGCAGAAGCCCCAGUAUGAAGAUACUGUUUGCCGGAGGCUAGCAGAGCUACACCAACUUUGGGAUAAGCUGCAGGCAACCACAGAGGAGAAGGCCCAGCACCUGUUUGAUGCCAACCGCUCUGAUCUUUAUGCACAGAGCUAUGCUGACCUUGGUGCAUGGAUCAGUGAGAUGGAGCAGCAACUGAAAUCUGAUGUCCAGGGUAAAGAUCUCACCAGUGUCAACAUCCUGCUGAAGAACCUGAAACGACUGGAUGAACAAGUAAGUGUGAGGAAGAAAGAAAUGGAAGAUUUGUUAAGUCAGGCACCUCCCAGCAGAGGAGACCUACAUGAGGUAGAUGGCAAGCAUGAGAUCAUUGAGAGGAGGUUCCAGGAUCUUCUGGAGCCAUUGAGUAAGAAGAGGAAGGAAUUGGAGACAGCUAAAGCUGGAUACCAAUUAGACCGAGAUCUGGCAGAUGAACUGCUUUGGGUGCAAGAACGUCUUCCACUUGCUCAGUCCACUGACCAUGGUACAAACCUUCUGUCUGUGCAGCUGCUCACAAAGAAAACCCAGACAUUACAGAAAGAAAUUGCUGGUCAUGCACCACGCAUUGAGGAAGUCCUUCUCAGAGGGGAAGGCGUGCUGGCUGGAGGAGAUGGGGAUGGGGACUUCAGGAACACUGAAGAGCGCUUCAAGCAACUGAGGGAUUCCUGGAGCACUUUACAAGAGGAGACUUUGCAGAGGUUGCGCCGCCUGGAAGAAGCAAGUGAGGCUCAGCGGUAUUAUUUGGAUGCUGGGGAAGCAGAAGCCUGGAUAAGUGAGCAGGAGCUAUAUAUGGUGACAGAUGAAAAGCCAAAGGAUGAAGAAAGUGGUAUUGUGAUGCUGAAGCGACAUCUUCGCCAGCAACGCUCCAUAGAAGAUUAUGGGAAAAGCAUCAAGCAGCUGGCUGGCAGGGCUCAGAAACUGUUGUCUGCUGGCCACCCAGAAGGGGAGGAGAUCAUCCGGUUGCAGGGGCAAGUAGACAAACAGUAUGCAGGCUUGAAGGACCUUGCUGAGGACCGCAGACGUAAACUGGAGCACAUGUGCCAUCUGUUCAAACUGAAACGAGAAGUUGAUGAUCUGGAGCAGUGGAUUGCAGAGAGAGAUGUAGUGGCAUCAUCCCCAGAGAUGGGGCAAGAUCUCGACCAUGUCACUCUGCUGCGGGAGAAGUUCCGUGACUUUGCUCGGGAAACAGGAAGCAUUGGACAGGAGCGGGUGGACAGUGUCAACCUCAUAAUUGAGCAGCUAAUUGAUGUUGGCCACCCGGAGGCUGCCACGAUUGCAGAGUGGAAAGACAGUCUAAAUGAGAGCUGGGCUGACCUGUUAGAGUUGAUUGACACCAGGAUGCAGUUGCUUGCUGCGUCCUAUGACCUGCACAAGUUCUUCUAUGAUGGUGGUGAAAUCCUGGUUCUUAUUGAGGAGAAGCACAAGGAGUUGCCUGAGGAGUUAGGCCGAGAUGUCAGCACAGCUGAGUCUUUCCACAGGAUGCACACAGCUUUUGAGCGACAUAUCCACUUGUUGGGAGUGCAGGUCCAGCAUUUCCAGGAGGUGGCAGCACGCCUGCAGGCAGCCUAUGCAGGGGAGCAGGCUGUCACUAUCCAGAAGCAAGAGCAGGAGGUGGUAAAGGCAUGGAAGGCCCUGCUUCAUGCAUGUGAGGGACGGAGAGCUCAGCUUGUUGAUACAGCAGAGAUGUUCCGUUUUUUCAGCAUGGUUCGGGACCUGAUAUCUUGGAUGGAAAUUGUGAUCCGACAGAUUGAAACACAGGAGAAACCAAGGGAUGUUUCAUCUGUAGAGCUAUUGAUGAAAUACCACCAGAGUAUAAAGUCUGAGAUAGACACCAGGGAUAAAAGCUUCACCAUCUGCAUUGAUCUUGGCAAAGCACUGCUACAGCGCAAACACCAUGCUGCAGCUGAGAUAAAAGAGAAACUGCUACAACUGACGGAGAAAAGGAGAGAGAUGUUGGAGAAAUGGGACAGGCGUUGGGACUGGCUUCGCUUGUUGCUAGAAGUAUGUCAGUUUUCCAGGGAUGCUUCAGUGGCUGAGUCCUGGCUCAUUGCCCAAGAGCCCUAUCUAUCCAGUGGUGAUUAUGGUCAAACUGUGGAUGGUGUGGAGAAACUGCUGAAAAGACAUGAAGCUUUUGAGAAAUCUACAGCUACAUGGGAGGAACGUUUUGCUGCACUGGAGCGUCUGACCACACUUGAAUUACUAGGCAAGAGAAAGAUCCCAGAAGAGUCAUCACAGCACAAAGUACCUAGGACCACUGACCUGGAAUUUGACUUUGAAGAGCCAGAGCAUGAGGCGGGGACUGAAGAAGAGGGUGAGAAGAAGACAGAACUCAGUUUGAAAGAUGCCCUUUCUCAUGCUACAGAAGACUCUUCACUGCAGGUGCAAGAAAAUGAGAAGCGGGGUCAUGAAAUGGUUCCAGAAGAGCUUCCUGAAGAAAAACUACCUGAGACAGAGAUCAAAGUGGACAGUGAAGAAAUCUCCACAAAGGAAUCCCUCUUCAAAGUUGACCAGACCCCUGUGAGCGAGAUAGAUGAGACAGCAACUCUUCCUGCACAGCUGGAUAGAUCGCACAGUGUACAACUUGAGGGUUAUCUGGGGCGGAAGCAUGACCUAGAGGCGCCCAACAAGAGGGCUUCCAACAGGUCCUGGAAUACAUUAUACUGUGUGCUCAGGAACAGUGAGCUGACAUUCUAUAAGGAUGCCAAGAGCCUGGCCCUGGGUGUGCCUUACCAUGGAGAGGAGCCUUUUCGGCUGAAGAAUGCCUUCUGUGAAGUAGCUGCUGAUUACAAGAAGAAAAAACAUGUUUUCAAGCUGAGACUGAGCAAUGGGAGUGAAUGGCUCUUCCACGGAAAAGAUGAGGAUGAGAUGCACACCUGGCUUCAGGGCUUCAGCACAGCAAUAAUUGAAUCCCAAAGCAUUAAAACCAAGGCUCAAAGCCUGCCUCUGCCUUCCAUCACUACCAUGGAUGUGAGCCUGACCAAGAAAGAAAAAGAGAAGAGAUUCAGCUUCUUUCCCAAAAAGAAAUAGCCAAACAGGUGGAUUGCUGCAGUCAGAUGCCUAUGCUCUAAUGUGCAUAAUGAAAAACUGCAUGUGUGAGUGUCCCUGGGCACUCCUGGUGCCAGUAACAUCAUACUCAUCUCCCCAAACACAGCCUUGCUUCCCACACAACCCCCAUAACUUCCCAAAAAGGGCAUCAAGCCAUUAUUUCAAGUAGGAAAGCAACAUCUUUGCUCCAAGACAACCAAUGUUCUCCAAAGCAGAACUGUGAGAUGUGUAUCUUUGGGUGACUCCCUGCCAAGACAGAGCUCAGCAAGGGUUGAGCUUGUGUGUGAUGCUUUGCAGACCCAAGUAUUCACCUCUCCAGAAAAGGACUGCUUCAGGGGAAAGAUGCUAUGUGAAUUUCAGGAACUUUGCAUGGAGAAAAGGAAUAGAACAGGGACCUAGGUAAUCCAAAAGGCACUUUAUGAAAACUGUGAAAGCUCAGUGUGUGGCUUUGGAGCAGUUUCCAUCUCUACAGAGUUUGAAAAUGCUCUGGCUCCAGAGCCUUACCAAAAGCCAAGGCUCCCUUUGACUUUCCUCCCCUUUUGUUGGAACAGAACUCUAUGUAACUUCAGUCACCUCUCUCUCCAAGGCAUAAAUGAAAAGGUGCCCCCUCUGAGAAUAUGGCCAGCACACAGAGUCAGUUUCUGACUUGUUUUAGCUUUCAUAGUGGAAGGCUGGAAAUCUUUUUUCAGGAGGCCAGCAGCUCCUCUCUUUAAGGAGCUGUAGUAUACACAUAGGCACAGCACUAAGUCACAAAGCACAGAACUCUGUUUCCUAGCAUCCACUAGAAUGGUGACAAAAUCCAUUUUAUAUUAUAUUGGAUUAGGAUUGCAGCCAGAGGAAACACCCACGUUCAGAGUUUUGCACUCAAGGGUUAGGAUGGAAAUAUGUCAGAAACACAUACACGGGGGGAGAAAGAGCAACCAUACUCACUUUCAACAUUAUGAGCACAACCCAGUUCAAGUUACUAGCACCUCACAUUGCAAACCACUCUACCGAUGUCCAUGGGAUGUGGUUGUACUCAAUUUACACUGGAGCGUGCCCCGUGUUACUUCAUGAAGCUUUAUUAAUCCCCCUUAUGUAUGCUGGGGUACACUUUGUGACUAGCCUGAAUCGGAAAGCCUUCCACCAAGCUUUUAAAAACAUCUGUGUUGGCUCAGCUCGCCAGAAGCAAAUGGCUCCUCCAUUGUUCCCACUGAGAAUGUGUGGUGACUGAGCAUGGCCUUUGGUAAUUCACUGCACUGCUUUACACUUCUUCAGAGUGGCUUUCUUGGUCACAACAAAUGCACAGUGCUAGUCCCAGCAGCUCACUUUUACAGAGACCUCUGCCUGUGAUGUGUGUGUGAAUGGCUGUUUAAAAUAUAUGCAGGUACUAUACAUCCAACCUUGACUUUCUGAAGUUCACAUGCCAUUUUUCCAAGGCUAGAAUCGUGUGCAAAGGGCAAAUAGCAGCUCAGCUGAAUUACCUUUUUGGAACAUAUUCCUGGGAAGCUAAUAGCCUUGGCCAUUAGGAGGAGCCUGAAGACUGUCUUUUUCUGCAACAAUCUUUUUGCAGAGAUGGUAAUACUGUCUGGGGACCUGUCAGGGUUCUUUGAAUACCAGACACUGUUCAUUCAGUGGUCUUUUGAGCAUCUAGCCCCUAGGGUUCAUUGUUCUUCCUAAGAAUCAGUCAAUCUUGUUUUAUUUGUAGAUGCCAUAGAUCAUACUGAAAGUGCCUUAACCUAGGGGCAUCCCAUAGUAAUCACUUCAAGAAUGGGUGAGCUCAACAUACACCAUGCACAGAACAGUUUGGACUCUCUUCAUUCUAAAGGAAACUAUAAACCAUCUCUUUCUGCAAGAGACACUCUUGAUUCUGAGGGCCUUUGCCCCACACCCACCAGCAGCUGUGGAAAAGAAGAGGGUUCUUUUUUUGUUUUGCUUAAUGCAGAUUGACGUGAACAUGGUACCAAGAGCUGAGGCUUAGUUGGUUUCCAGGUGUUGCUUUUGACAAAGUCUCAAAUGGCUACACUUUUUCCAGAUCUCCUGGGCUGUAAUGGGUAGUCUACAUGGGCUGUCUUGCCACUGUGAUGGGCAGAACAGAUUUUUUUCAAUGCCUCCUUUAAAAAUAACCAGUAUAUGGAAACGCCAGUAUAAUUAAUCCUGUUUUUGGGAAGGGGUGAUGGAUAGUAUUAACACCACUGAACAGUGCUGAUACAGUGAUGCAUUCCAAUGGCUUAACUGCCAGCACUUCUCCUUUCUAGUGCCAUCUUAAGCCAUCACUGCCAUAAAUAAUCCCCUCCCUGCAGCCGGUUCAUUCAUUUCUGUUUUUCAAGGACAGGAUACACAUGUAGGCAUCCAUCAAACUAUCUUUUGUUACUUCUGUCUAGCAGACUGCUCCACAACCCCCAAUUCCCAAAACUGGACAAAAGGAAAUAAAUGAAGAAUUAUCAAAAGUAAGAAAGGAAAGAACAUUACUGAAUUCAGCAUCACUUAAUAAAUAUCUUGAAUGUCACAUGUAAAAACACUAUGGAAAGAGAAGGGGGUGUCAUAAAUGUCCUCAGUCAACCCACAAAUAGAAAUGAAAUAGAUAAAUAAAAUACUUUUUAUGUAACUGCAACGGGUCAAACAAUAGACAGGUGAGACAGCAUGUGGUCAGAACAUAGAUUUGAAUAGUCCUGGACAAUUUGCCAGAGCACUGGUGUUGCAUAGACUUAGAAAUCCCAUGUAUUUGUGACACUUUUAACCCUGUAAUCUCGUCAUUGUUAAAAUCAGUAGUAACUCCCCGUUUUUUCAACAUUUACUUAAUAGAGAAGGGAAUGCUAAUUAGGUAGUACAACCCAAUUAAAACAAAGAAAGUGAUGUUCUGAUUUAAGUGAAUAUUUUUAAAAAGACUAAUUUGAACUACCCUCACAGUUUAGGAACGGCAGUAGGCAAGGAGUACAAGGAAGUAUACAGCUUUAGGAUUUUAUUUUAAUGUAAAAUAAUAAAGCACAUUAAAAUUGGGAUGGACUAAGUUGAUUCUCUUGGAAAUGCCACCAGGAAGAGAAGCCUUGACUGAACAGGCUACCCAGCUGCACUUCUACAAAAUGAUUUACAACUUCAUUUCACAGGAGUUAUGGAUAGAAGCUCAGCCAUCACUUCUUUUCUUAGAAGUUACUUUCACCAGUCACUGUUGAGUUUACUGUACAGUGAAACACUCAUUUCCAUAAACUAAAAACACAAAGCUAGGCUAAAACGCUCUUUUAAGACAAUUCCUGCUGUGUGAACAUUGAACUGCCUCUGUGUUAAUUGGAAGUGACCCUUCACAGGCUCUGCUGCCAUCAGACCCAUCAGAGAGUUGGUCUCAGCUUGGCAGGAUUUUGAGUACAGUUGCCUAUGUGCCACUAAGUCUCACUGUGUUGUGCUCCUGCCCAUUACAGACCAGGAACAUUACUGUAACUUAAUAGGAACCAUUUGCUCUCUGGUGACUUGCAGCCUCACCAUGCCUGGCUUGGCCCAGCUCUUCCUUCUUAGAAGGCUUGAUCUGGAAAGUGACUUCACCUCUGUCCAGCUGCUCUCUCAUCAGGCUUAGCUUUCGAUGGCCCCACUGAUGCAGAGGUCAGGGUGUGUUAGAAGGGAGUUUCACAUCAAACUAGGGCCAGAACAUGUUUGCUUCAGAACAGCGAGAGCUGUUUCUUGGAGAUGAGGAGAACAGCUGCAGGAGCCCAGGAUCUCUUCUAUAGGUUCAAGGGAUUGGGGUUAAUACUCUUUUUAACGGCUAGGCACCAAGUUCCACCUGCUCCAAUGUGCUUCCACUGUCCAGAAAAAAAGAGCUAAAGCUUCAGAAUGUGCUUCAGAAGCAAUUUAAUUACAUUUUUUAAAUAAAUGAAGAAAUAAACCUU